AUGGUGAUGGAUCUGGUGUUACCGUAUAUCUACAACACCGACGCAGGGGAUCUGGGAGCGAAAACGAGGUUUUUGUACGCCGAGCUGUGUGCGGUGACGGCAACGACUACCUGGUUCCUGAUGCCUGAGAUGAAGGGGAGGACAACGAUGGAGAUACAAGUUGCUGAAGAGAGCUUUCAAGGACCGGCGGUGUUCCAGCAUCAACAGAAGUCGGCCUCCGCUUCUCAAAUGUUCUUCUACCUUGUCAGAGGUUUCAUGUACAAGGACAUCAGCGGUAAGUCGUUGAUCUCUGUGCUGUAA